AUGGCAAUUUCCAAAUUUUCAAUCCGUAAAAUUUUCACUGUUGGUUUAGUCGCGCUGUUGGCAUGUGGCGAAUUGCUUACUUAUGCGGCUCCCGCACAAAAUAGUGAUACUUCCCCGGAAUCAUCGUCGUCGUCGUCGGCACCAACAACCCUAGUGUCGACUGAAGACAAAGCCCAAUUCAAAAUUUGGGUAAAAUAUGCUAGCGCCGCGUAUUGUAACGUUGAGGGAUGGAAUUGUGGUUCUGCUUGUCGAGGAGAAACUGCGCAAACACGUUUAAUUCGAUACUUUGAUGAAACGGUGAAUAAAGCCUAUGUUGCCGUUAAUGAUCAACAGAAAGCAAUUGUCGUGGCAUUUCGGGGUACUGCUGAUGUUGAUGGAUUCUUAGAAGACUCGCAAUUUCUUUUCACCGAUUAUCCUGGAGCUGAAGGCGCCAAAGUCCAUGCUGGGUUCCUAAACAUUUUCCAAAAUACUAACAAAAACAUUACGAAUUUGGUGAAAGAAAUUGUCCCAAAAAAUCCCGGGUAUAAAGUGGUUUUGACUGGUCACAGUCUUGGUGGAACGAUGGCCGUUUUUCAGUUAUUGGAAUUUGUCAGCAUUCCUGGGCUUUCUCGCGACAACCUAUUCGUUUACACUUAUGGUGAACCGCGUAUAGGUAACGACGUCUUUGCGAAAUAUGUCGAGAAGCAAGGAAUUAAUAUUUUCCGUAUCGUCAACAAGAACGAUAUUAUUCCUCAUGUACCGCCGAAAGCGCUUGCGUAUAUUCAUCAUUCACCAGAGUAUUGGCUUCAACCAAAAAAUAAUACAAUGGUGAAAUGCCCAGUCGCCGAAGACAUAAACUGUAGUAACUCAGUGGUGCCAAAUAUCAAUUUAAUCAAUCACUUUAAUUAUUUUGAUACAGCAUUCGUGCUUACAUGUCUUGUCAAAAAAUCCUAG